CCCAAGCUCUUAUAUACGACUAUAUAUAGAUAUAUUUCAUGUCUUUACAUUAUUUCCCAACACAUGGACUAAAAACUAAAUCUGAGCGGAUUUGUCUAGACUUUUAAAAUUGGACACAGAAUUGACGAAUAGAACUGAGAACCAUUAAACCCUAGAGUUCGAAGCUUUUUCUUUGUUUUCCGAUGAUGGAGUAACAUAUUCAACAUGCGCUAUGAUGGAGUAACAUAUUCAAAAUAUGUAUCGUUGUUUUAUUUUUGUUGAAAUUAUUAUUUCUGGGAAACACUCAUUGACAUUAUAAUCAUGUCGAAGCUAAUGGAGGACGGGGAGAAGAAGGGGACAUGGAGUACGUGGGAAGAGCUGUUAUUGGCGUUUGCUGUGAAGCGACACGGACUCAAGGACUGGGACUCCGUCGCCAUGGAGCUUCGCUCUCGGAGCUCAUUACCGGACCUGCUCACGGCUCAGGUUUGCGAAGACAAGUACAGAGGCCUCCAUCGCCGCUUCAUGAACAGCGACGAUUUGGCCGUGCAUAAGGAUUCCGACGGGGAUAUCAACACCGCCGCUGCCGCCGUUGAUAUUCCGUGGCUAGAGAACUUGAGACAGCUCCGUGUUUCAGAGCUGAAACAAGAGGUCCAACGCUACGAUAUAUCGAUCCAGACGCUGCAACAAACAGUGAAGCGGAUGGAGGAAGAAAGAGAACACAGCAAGGACACCGGAAACGUUGCCGUGGAACCAGAUCUGGAAGAGGUUAGAACCGAAACGAGAUCGGAAAACGUAGAGAUGAGCGGCGGCGAUAUGGAGGCCCCGGCGAAAGCGUCCGGGAGAUCCGUUUCUGUUGCGGAGUCCGACCACGAGAAUCGGUCGUUCAACGAGUCAAAUUCAACCGAGAAAUGGGAGGCGGAAGAGAAGAUUGAACCGGAGCCGAACCAGGGAGGAGUGGUUAAACCGGAUCCAGAAACCAAACCGGCCGUAAACGAGGAUUCCUGCAAUGCUAGUUCCAAUAGGUGUGAGGAGUCGAACCGGACAGAGGACGGGAAAUCUGAAAUUGACUUGGCGGAAGGGGCGCGCGACGGUUUAGGCGCGUCGAAGGAGAGCAGCGACGUUCAAAGCACCGCAACUUUGACUAAGAAGCGGCGGAAACGAAGCGACCUCGGCGGCGGAGGACGAGAUGGUGGGAGUGUGACGGAGGCGGCGGUUUUGUCCACCGCCACGGAAACAAAACGGGAGAGUCCGGUGAAAUCCGAACCGUUUGAUGGGUUGUUAGACACGAUAAGAUCGCGUAAAAACGCCUCAAUGUUCGAACGCCGGCUCGAUAGUCAGAAAACAGAUAGGUACAACAGCAUGAUCCGGAGACACGUGGACUUGGAAACGAUACAGUCCCGAAUUGAUAACGGGUCAUAUACCGAAUGCCCCAUGAAGUUCUACUCGGAUCUCUUACUGGUAUUCAACAAUGCCACCAUCUUCUUCCCCGUCUCAUCUCCCGAGCGAACUGCCGCCCAACAACUCCGCCGCAUUGUCAUUAAAGAGCUCCAAAAUACUAAAAUCCCAUCACCCAAACCACUCCCUUCUUUAAAGCAUGAACCCGUACCCGAAUCUGGACCCGAUCCAGUACUCAAACCCGAACAGGAACCCGGAAAGUCAAAUCAGCUUAUUGUAAAACGCAAACUUACGGGCCCAAUAUUGGUCUGCCGAAAGAGAAGCUCAAUUUCAGGCAACAAAGGUUCAUUAUCUGCUAACAAGCAAGAAAAUGAUAAACCCAGUCACAACCCAAAGACCAGUCCACCUGAAGAAGAAGCCCAAGUGAAGAUGAAAACGAAGGAGAAGGCGGCGACGACCGGUAUUAGGAGCAUGAGAAGUUCAACACCCAAAGGCCGCCCGGCCAAUCCUUCCACACAACCUACGAGCACGAAAAAAUCCGGCGGAUCAAAUAAGCCACCAGAAGAGGAAAAGACUAUUACAGUAGACAAGAAACGGGGCGCCGCCGACUUCCUGAAGCGGAUAAAGAAGAACUCGCCAGCAAAGGAAAUGGCGGUCGAUGACGGUCACGGUAGUAGUAGCAGAAGGGUACAGCUGAAGAGAAAAGGAGCGCCGCCGCCGGCGAACAGUCCGCCGAAGAAAACAGUGGGUCGACCAGUAAAGAGAGGGAGGGAAGCGGAGACUGCGGAGAAGCGUGGAAAGGAGGACUCUUCAAAACGGCCUCUGAAACGUUCCAGGAGGUGAAGCAACAUUGUGACUGGUUCAUUAAAAUGUUACAGUUAUUAUUCAAUUGACAUUCUUUUUCUUAGUCAUAUUUAGUUGACAUGCUAGAAGUACUAAAGUUAUGGCCUGGUUAGAGCUAACUAUUUUGGGAAUGUAUGUACCGAGCUCUUCUCUUUUACAAUUUCCUAAUGUGGUAAAUUUUUUUGAUACACAAAAGUGAAGACUUAUACUCCGUACAUGCAUUGUAAUUGAAAUUACAGAAUGUCUUUUUAGAUCAUCUGAAUUUAAAGAAAUUUGGUGAAUUGC